GCUGGGGGUGGGGGGGACGCGGAGCCACCGGCAGAGCAGCGGCGCAGCAGGAGGGACCCAUCGCCACCGACCUCCGCUCGUUCCCCCCCGAGACCCCCCCAAAAGAGGGACCCCCACCAUGGAGGAGCUGCUGGAGCUGGGCCCGGGCUCCGAAUUGGGGAGGGGGCUCCGCCUGGCCCGCGACAGCCGCGGGGUCUACGUGGCCGAGGCUCCCAAAUCCCUGCGGCUGCGCCAGGGUGACCGUGUCCUGGGGGCGAGGGUCUCCUUCGAGGGGGCGACCCCCGAGGCCGUGGGGCGGCUGCUGGAGGGGGCCGGGGGCUGCCGCGUGUCCCUGCACCUGCGCCGGGGGACCCCCGGGACCCCCGAGGGACAGCGGGACAGCACGGCCAGGCUGCCCAUGGCGAUGCCCGCGGCCCCCCAGAAGCCGCCCGCAGCAGCGCCCGCCGCCGCCGCCGCCCCGCUCUCGGUGGAACUGGCCCUUCCCAAGCUCCCGAAGCUGCCCAAGCCCCGCGGCGCCCCCAGCCCGGUCCCCCCGGAGCCCCCGCGGCCGCCGCGGCCCCGCCUGACCGUGCGGGAAGCGGCCGCAGCCCGGACACCGCCCCCGGAGCCCCCCGAGCUGCCCCCGGCCGGCUCCGGGCCCCGCAUCCCGGCCGUGGAGGUGGCGGCUCCCAAGGGGUCCCUGGGGCUGAGCCCACCCCCGUGGGCAAAGGGGAGCCCGGCCACGACCCCCGAUGGUGCCGGAGGAGAUGAGGAGGGGGCUCCCGGCGCUCGGGGGGGAUUCCCGGCCCUCCGCGUCCCCUCGGUGCCCAUCGAUGUCCCCAAAGCCGCCGUGGAGCUGGUCCCGGAGCUCGGCCUCGCUAGCCCGGAGCCCCCCGGCGGUAGCCCGGACGCGGGCUCCCGGUUUGCCGAGGGGCUGCGGAAGCUCAGCCGGGAGCUGGAGGCUCCGGCGGUGGAAAUCGCCCCCAAGCCCCCCAAAUUCCGCCUCCCCCGCCUCGGGUGGGCGCUGGCCAAGCUCCGGGAGGGCGGCGGGACCCCGCCGGCAUCGCCCACGGGGAUCGCCAUUCCCAGCGUGGAGCUGGAUCUGGGGGCGGUGGGAGACGCCGGGGCCAAGCUGAAGGUGCCCAAAUUGUCGCUGGCGCCGUUCGGUGACAUCGAGGACGGUCCCCGCUUCGCGAUCGGGGCCGCUCCGGGCUCCCCCCGGCUCCGCGCCCCGCGGUUCGGCAUCGCGGCGGCGGCGCUGCCGAAAUUCGGGGGCUCCAGCCCCGACCUCCGCCCCGGGGGGGUCCCCAAAGCUCCCCCGAAACGGGGGGGCAGCGCCGAGAGCCUGAUCCUGGGCUGGACGGCACCGGAGCCCCCCGGGACCCUCCGGUCCAGGCCGAAAUCUCGGGGGGCUUCGGCGCCGCCGUGGCCGCCCCGGAUCCCCAUCCCCGCCGUGGGGUUCGCCCUGCCGGGAGCAGAACCGGGACCGGCACCGGAGCGCCCCGAGGCCCGCCGGGCUCCGGAGCCGCCGGUGCUGAAGGUUCCGGUUCUGGAGCUGGCGCCGCCGGGCUUGGACGGCACCUCGGAACCCCCCGGGCGCCGCUUUGGGGUGAAACUCCCCAAAUUCGGGGCCGGCUCCUCCCGGAGCGGCGCGGGAUCCUCCGGGAGGAUGAGGAGGGGCGGCUCCAAGCCCGUCCCUGAGGAAGGAGGAGCCCCCCGGGAUGGGAACCCCCGGCGGCGCCGGUGGGUGCCCAGGGUGGGUUUCACCCCCGGGGGGGCCUCGCCGGAGCCCCCCAAAUUGGGGAGGAUGCGGUUCCCCGAUGUGGAGCUCUGCCCCGGGGACCCCCAAAUCCCCGGGAUCGGGGGGAUCUCCUCCCGCUGCGAUCCUGGGGGGCUCCGGGCCGAGGGGACCCCCAAAUUCCAGCUGCCGCAGCUGGUGCUGAGCCCCCAAAUCUGUGGCGAGCCGUGAGCCCCCCCCCUCCCGACCUGGGGGGGCUUUGGGGACCCCCCAAAGCGGCGACUGAGCUCCCCCGGACCCUCUCUAACUCCCUCCCUCUGAAAUUCCUAAUCCAGCCUUUUUUGGGGGGGCUUUGAGGCUUUUGGGCCCAUUUUUGGGGUGUUUCUAUUAACCAGGGAAGGGGGUACGAGGCUGUUGCCCCCCACUCCGGCCCCUCACGCUUGUUUUGGCCAGAAUAAAUGUUAAUCCCAAAAAAAAAAA